GGGAGCGACCAUACAACACAGGCACGGACAGGGAGAGAGAAGCUGCGGGCAGCUGGGCGCUGGGCGCCCCGUCUCUCUCUCUCUCUCUGCAUUGACCGUGCGGAUGUCAGCAAGACAACUCGCGUGAUAGAAUUUCAUACUGUGGGUGUCUUUGGCCGAGGGCGGAUUUCGGGCGCCGGGUGUGCGUGAAACGGGUGGGUGAAACGUGUGAGGGCUUGCGCUGCAUCAGUUGAGAGCCCAGGGAAAUUGAUUAACAGAUAAGCCUCUGUGCACGCGUGCGUGCGUGCGUGUGUGCGUGUGUGCAUGUGUCCGUGGCUCACUUCUUUCCGCUGUGUCUACCGCGGCACUUGAAAGCAGCCAAUGCAUAAAGAGAAAUGGUUGCAAAGGGAGCCGGGUCUAGUUAAAAGGUUAAGCUUCAGUGAAACGAGCACGGAGCAAACAGUUUUGGGGGUUUACCUUUGUCGCGCUGUACGUCCAUAGCCUGUGGCUGUGGCAGGAAUUCACUGUAGCCGUGAGUUGACUAUUAAAUGUUUUAACCAUUGUAUCGUCUGCCUGAGAGCGCAGCGCAUCGCAGCCGCUGCGAUGUGCAGCGUGCCGGAUUGAUAAGCAGCGGGAGAGGGUGGGGGGUGGGGGAUAGCGCAUUAGCGCCGGGGCUGGAGAAGAGCAAGGUUUUAGGGACUCAAGAGUAGGCAGCAGAACGCUGUCAUGCCAUCGUCAGUGAGCGAAUCCGAGCGGCGUCUUUCAGGGGAGAAAACCCGUGUGAGCACUUCGAUUGCGCCGACAGCGGCAGCGUGCGUCCGUCCGUCCGGCGGCGGCGGCGGCGGCGGCGGCACAUUCGCAGAUUCGUAACAGCUGUGUGUUUUACGCAGUGCCCAUGCAUGCCCAGGGUAUGCCCGCUUCGCCCAAGGGAAAGUGAGAGAGAGUCUCAGGAGCGCGGAGCUUUGCGCGCUUGCGGCUUUUAGCUGGUGGGGAGAAGCGAGUGGCGGGGUUGAGGUCGCUCGGGGGAGGGUAGCGCCGCUCCGGCGGUGGCUGCUAAGCUCCGUCGGGGUCCGUGGGGCGGCAGGCCGUGGCGGGCGGGGGGGGGGAUGCUCGUGGGCUCGCUCGCCUGCCUCUCAUUGCCGGGAGCUGGCAGGAAGGGCUUUUCGCCGACGGCUUGAACCGGUGCCGAAAAAUGAAGCGGUUUCUCCUCUGCAACUCCUCCAGGACCGAAUGGAACAAGUACGACGAUCGCCUUUUGCAUGCCGUGGACAGCCGGGACGCCGAGCGUGUGUCCACCACUCUGCAGAAGAAGGGUGUCUCUUCCACAAAGCUCGACGCGGAGGGACAGUCGGCUUUCCAUUUGGCUGCUGCGAAGGGCUAUGAUGAAUUGCUGGAUAUCUUUCUGUCAAACGGGGCGGACGCUGGGGCCACUGAUGGGUCUGGUCGCACCGCAUUGCAUCUGGCGGCGAAAAAUGGUCAAAGCCAAUGCAUGAGGCAUCUCCUGCAGUACAAAAGCCCCGUAAGCAUUUUGGACCAAGCCGGGCGCACAGCUCUGCACUAUGCAGCCAUACAUGGAGACGUUGCCUCUGUGCAGCUCCUGUGCGACUACAAGGCUCCCGUUAAUUCCCAGGAUGCAGAUGGCUGUACUCCGCUGGCGCUGGCCGCCCGCAUGUGCCAUCCCGAAGUGUGCAGCCACCUCAUAGAGUGCGGCGCCGAGGUCAAUGGACGCGACAACCACAACAAGACCCCGCUGAUGGUGGCGUGCGAGCACGCGAGCUGUGACGCCGCCGAGGUGCUGCUGCGGAAGGGGGCGGACACGCGCGCCACCGACUCGCGGGGCCACGACGCGCUCCACCAUGCCAAGCUGUCGGGGCACCCGGACAUGCUGGCGCUGCUGCAGGGCGCCGCCGGCUUCCCUGCCGUCCCCGCCGCCGCACACGACCCCGGUGAGAAGUACAACGUGAAAGCUGUGCAGGCCACAGGGAAGGACCGGAAUGACCCUGGCAAGAAGCGGAAAGCCCCUGCUCCUCCACCGUCCCUCAGUUCAGCCCAGAGUGUCGGCAGCAGUUUGUCGUCACCCGGCAGCGAAAACAUCAGCUUUAGCUCCCCGAUGUCGGGGAACACGUCCGGGGCUUUCUACACCCCACAGGCUACCGAACGACAGUCCCUCCAGGCCCUGCACGACGACAACAGCCUUCUGCAGACGGAACUGGCUCAGCUCCGCAAGGAGCACCGCGCACUGCUGGACAAGACGCACGGGCUCGAGACGCAGCUCACCAACCGCAGCUUGGAGAUCCGCGAGAGGCAAGCAGCGGAUAAACAGAGGAAGGCUGAGCUCAACAACGAAGUUGCUCAGCUGAAGAGCAAGCUGGGGGAAAAAGAAGAGGCCAUGUGGGUGAUCGUUGAAGAAAUCAAAAAGCUCAAGAAGGCUGUUGACACGUCAGCGGUCGACGCCAGUGGAGUUAAGAGAGAUUGGGAGGAUGAAGAGGACAUCAUGAUCAGCGAUUCAGGAAGGGAGAUGGCGGGGCUGGAGGAGAAGGCACGGAAUCUGAUCUCAGCGCUGCACGCCGAGGUCACCAUGCUGAGCCUGCGAAAUCGCGACCUCAAUGUCCGCCUGCAGAGGACUGAGGCGGACCUGGGUCACCUUACCAAGGACUGCGUGCCCCUGCAGCAGCACCUGAGCUUGGCGUCGGAGCUGGAGCACUCGCGCCUCGAGCUCUCGGACCUGCGCAGCCAGAUCGCCGACCCCGCGGGCCCCGCGUCGCCCGGUGCUGGCGCGGUGCCGCUAGCUGCGUACGAGGGCCUGAAGCGCGACUCGGAGCGCCAGAUCCGCCAGCUGCAGGAGGACCUGGAAAAGGUGCUGCAGAGGACGCGGGACUCCGACAACAAGAUGCGUCGCCUGCAGCAGCAACUGCUGUCGCUGCCGCUGGGAGGCGGCGCGGCAGGGCCUGGACCUGGAAGCAUCGGGGCGCUGUUUGCGGCCGACGCCGAGAAGGACGCGCAGCUGCAGCAUGCGCAGAAGCGCACCGGCGAGCUCGAGCGGCAGCUCAAGGAGGUCGCGUCCAAGUACGAGGCGUCGGCGGCCAGCGUGAGCCGCCUGCAGUCCGAGGUGAAGGCAAUGAACCGUGCCGUCAACCAGGAGGUGGUGGAGGAGCUGAAGCGCACGUACGGCACCAAGGUGGCCGAGCUGGAGAAGCGCCUUGCGCUCGCUCAGGCACUGCGGCAGGAGGCGGACAAGAAGGUUGACGAUAUGAAGAGGUCCCUCGAGCAACGGGUGCGGGAAAUGGAAAAUCAGAUCGCUUCCUCCCGCUCUUCCCAGAAGGGUGCGGAAGGGCUCGUUGACAAGAUUAAAGUGUCUUAUGAGCAGCAGAUAAGGGACUUGGAGAGCCAGCUGCUGGCGGCACGGGCGUCUUGCAGGACGGCCGAGGAACGUGCCACAGAGCUCCAAAAUCUGCUUGAGGACUCGCAGAGAGCCCUUCCCGAGACGGUGCCUCUUCGGCAGUACGAGGAGCUGGAGACGUCGUUCAACCUGUCGCUGGAGGAGACGAGCGAGAGGCUCGCAGGGCUCACAGAGCAGUACAACGCGGCUCAGGACGAGAUCGGCGGCCUCCGCCAUGAGCUCGCCGGCCUGCGGAGCUGCAGCGUGAAUCGGCAAGAGCACGAGGCCGCAAAAGCCGCGACGCGGGCUACGCUCGAUGACCUCGAUCGGCAGCUCGCCGAAAUUUCUUCCAGGCAUUCCGUGGCGGAGAAGGCAAGGAAAGCUCUAAGCGCGACCGUGGAGCAGCAGAGAAUGGAGCUGUCCACAAUGACCGACAAGUUUACCGAGUCCGAGAAGGUAAAGACAGUACUCAAAGUGGAACUCGACGCGAAGAGGAAGGAGGCGGCUGACUUGUCGAAUAAGCUUUCCGAGGCUAAGAACAGCAAGUCGAGCCUGGCCUCUGAGCUCGAGGCAAAGAAUAAGGCGGUGGCUUCGAUGGUAGCCAAACAUUCAGACAUGGAGACGGCGCUGGCUGCUCAUAGAUCUCAGAUUGAAAAUCUGCAGAAGAAAUUGGCUGAAGCGACAGAGAAGCGCUCCGUAUCGGAAACAAAACUCACCGAGAUAAGCCUGAAGGCCCAGAAUUUGGAGAGCAACAAGUCUGAAAUGGUGCCAAAGAGCGUGUACGAGCAAGAGAUGGCUCUGCUUCAGGAGGAAACCAUGAUGCUGAGCAGGCAGAUUUCGGAAAUGUCCAGGAGGGUCGUGGAACUGGAGGAUGAAAAGAAGGAGGUGGAUGCCAGAUUGUCACAAAAGCUGAGCGCGCUGUCGGAGCUGGAGGCGAAAUAUUCAGAAUCGCAAGCGGAGGUCAGCAGGGUAAAUGGAAUGCUGCGAAGUGCUCAGGCUGAGCUCACGGACUCGGUCCCCUUACAGAAGCAUAAAGAAUUAACGGCGUCACUGCAGGGGGAGAUUCAUGAUAUUAACCAGCAGCUUGGCGAAACAGAGCACAAGUACAUGGAGGCCGACAAGGUGAGGGCAGCACUGCAGAAAAACGUCAAGGAGAUGAGCAAUACCGUUGAAGAACUGAGGUCUAAGAACAAUCAAUUUCAGAAUGAACUCAGUAGGUUACGAACAGAGCACACUUCACUGCAGACCACUAUUGGCGAUCUCAGGAGUAAACAAGAACAAUUUGAAGAAUAUAACAAGGAAAUGGAUGAGCUAAAGGCUCUUUUAGCCCAGAAAGGUUCUGAACUUUUGGCAUGGAAGAAUAAAAACGAGGUGACCGAAAACGAGCUGGCGCGACUGCAGCAGGAGUCCACUGGUGCAGUGGCCGCCACCAAAGACCUUGAGUGUCGCUUGGAAAACGCCCUGCGCAACCUCGCCGAGACGGAGCGGGCCAGGACGUCCCUGCAGGGCUCGUUGGAAGGCGCCGACGCGCAGCUGGCAGAGGCGAAGAAAAAUCUGUCGUCGGUGCAGAACCACGUGGAACAGCUGAAGCAGGAACUGGCCAACAGGGACGUGAUCCUGCAGCAGAGCACCUCUCCCCAGCGGCACUUGGAGCUGCAGGCCCUGUCCAAGUUGAGCGUGGCUCAGCUGCAGGGUCGCGUUGCAGAGAUGAUGCAGGCGCAGGAGCAUUCCGACAAAGCGCUGGCGGAGGCGCUCGGGGAGAAGAACCGAGUGCUGAAAGAGCACGGCCAGUUGGAGAGGGCCGGCAAAGAGCUGCAGAACCAGCUCACCAAACUCACGGAGGAGGUGAAGGUUUCAGAAGGUCGAAUGAAAGAGAUGCAGAGGCAGGUUGCCGAGCUGCAGAAUGAAAAUUCUGCCCUGGAGGUGUCUGUCGGAGAAGUGAAUGAAAAGCUGAGGGAGAGGGAGCGGAGUAUGGAAAUCAUGGAGAAUUCUCUACAGCACAGCAUCCAAGCGACGCACGUGCACCAGGAGGCCGAGGCUAAGCUGCAGUCCGAGCUCAUGCAGCAGAUGGCUCCGAUGGCGGAGCAAGAAAAGAUGGUGUUAUCGCUGCAAGAAGCGAUAAAAGGUCUCGGGAAAGACGCCGUUAAACUCAACGCACAGUGCAAAGCGGCGGAAGAAAAAUCCAAAAUCCUGGAGGCGACUGUGGCCAACCAGAAGAAGGAGAUGGAGACGUUGAUUGAGAAAUGCGGGUCAGAGUAUGUGCCUAUUGAAAAGUACGUGGAGCUGGAAAGCGCGUUCAACGAGAGGGUGUCGGAGAUGAUGGGGAAGCACGGCGAGGUGAUGGAGACCGCGCAGAGGCUGCAGAAGGAGGUGGCGGGUUGGGUGCAGAAGCACGCGGCGCUGACGGAGCAGCAUGUUGGGACCAAGGAGCAGCUGGAGAAGGUGACGCGAAAGUUGGAGCGGGGAUCGACGAAUGUGGAGAAAGGCAUUGUGGAGAAGGAUAAUGAAAUUCAGAGGUUGAGGGGUGAAGUUGAAAAGUUGAAAGCCACGAUGGAGAAGGAAACUGUGUCCGUUGAGGCGUUUAAAGAAAUGAGAUUUCAAAAAGAGGCUGAGAUCAUGGCAUUGUGUGAGCAAUUGGAGGCCUUAAACAAGAAGCACAAAGAGAUUCAGUCUCUGGAGAAGAUGGAGCAACGGAUGGCGUCCGACGAGAGGCAUUUGGAACUGGAAGCCGAGGUUCUUUCGCUGACGCAGCAGCUGGAGGAACUGCGAAACAAGUAUGAGGAAUCACAACUCGAGUUUUCAAGAUAUCGAUCGGAGGCUGACGGAGCACAAGACGAGAGGGAAGUGGCAGACUCCAAGGCAGGGGACCUGCAAAAGCACCUCUCUAACCUUAAGCAGAAGCUGGACGAGGCCAGCAGGGUAAUCAAAGAGCUGCAACAACGUUUGGAUAAAUCAGCUGCGCUGAUGAAACAAAAGGAUUUCAAGCUCGCGGGGCUGCAGGAGGAGGUGGGGACCCUGCGGCAGGCUCUCAACAGCCUGUCGCAGCUGCCGUACGCCACGAGUGGUGGCGGCGGCGGCGGCGGCAACAAGCGAGCGAGCCAGCAGCUCGACGUCCUGCAGAGUCAGGUCAAGCGCCUACAGCAGCAGCUCGCCGAGGCUGACAAGCAGCACAAGGACGUGGUGUCCGUGUACCGUACCCACCUGCUCUGCGCCGUGCAGGGCCAAAUGGACGAGGACAUCCAGUCGACCCUCCUGCACAUCCUCAAGAUGCACAAGGCGAAGGAACCGCUCCGUUGACGCCGCGUUAGUUCCUGUCCCGCGCUGCCACCGCCGCGCAGAAGAACGCCAUCACAGGAUGGACGUGCACACUACUCUUUCGUUCCUGCUUAAACACAUUGACGGGAUACGUAGUAUGUAUGUUCACUGGGCUCUCGGUAAACCGCGCUCGCACGCGCACACACGCGCGCUCGUUAAUUUAUUUUUUAACCGUGUCUGCAGGACGAACUCGAUUUUGUGAAACUGUUUAUCGGAUCGUCCCUUUGCUGCACUGUCCCUGCUCGUUACCAUAUCUUCCCAGCCACCCUCCCUCGUGCUCCCCCUUCAACCCUGUGGCCCUCCUUGAAUCUUUCACGUUUCAGUGAGGGCCUUAACUCCCCUCCCCCCCCCAGCCCUACCAACAAGCGUGGUUAAUCAAGAGUCUACUGCAUACACACUUACGAGUGUUUGUGAUAUGCAUUGGUCUAAAAAGAUUCCAUUACGUGCGGCGUAAGCUAACAUCAAAUGUCUGUAUUUUUGAUUCAUGUGUUUGUGUGCGUGGACUAAGAUUUGGUGAUAUUUUCCUCCCCUCUUUUGUCGAUGCUCUCCCCUUCUGUUGGCUUCAGUAAGUGAAGUCCGCAGCGGCAUUGGGCGCGAUUAGCACGACAUUUGAAAGUAUUCAGCUGAUGCAGUCCCCUUACAAUGAUUAAAAUAAACAGAGUUGUGGCCUUGCACUGGGGAACCAUAAAUACGUCGAACCACUUUAGAGAUAGCGCCAUCAGCACCAACGAAACAAAACGUAAUUGCUGUUUGUUUAUACUACGAGACGGGAGACAUUUUCUGUCCAGGCCUAAAUUUGAAAAUCAUAUUUUAAAAAUGCUUCCUUGCUACAAAGUGCAACCGACAACCCAACCCAACACCUUGCCAAAUAGUAAGAGGACAUCGCUGUAGAUUCAGCAUCAUAAAUUGCCUUGCGUGUUUCGUAACGGGGACACGAGACUCUCCGACGCAUGCACGUGUGUUUGUGUGUGUACGUGCGUACGUGUGCAACUCUAUUUUUCAGAUUUUUUGAUACUGAUGUAUAAGUGCUACUUGGCUGGCCAAGUACUUGGCAUACUUAUCAUGCUCGAACUUUUCAUGAGCUAAUGUGAAUUUUCGUAAAAACUUGGACAAUGAAACUGCUUCUUAUUCAAGGUACUAGUUAUGUUGGCUAGAAACUUUAUUUCAUAGUAUUUUUUUCUCUUUUGCCUCCUGUUAGUGAUUGCGGAAAUGGAUAUUUUGCUGUGGUGCGGUAGUGUUUCUUUAGAGAGUAUAGUGAUAUUUUUUGAUGUACCAUUCUGUCAGCUUGGCUUUUUGUGCAGGCCAUUUCAAGCUUAAAAAAAACAUGCCAUUUGCUACAGGCUGACACUAUUUAUACUUGCUUGAUGAUGUUUUUUUGGGGUGCGUAUUUGUAAAAUUAGAAAUGUUAAAAUAAAAUGAUAUGUUGCAUAUGG